GUUCACUUAGUGAAGAGCAGCAUGUGGUGGUGGCUGCUCCUCGUAGUCACUUUGGUGACGGCCGAAGUCGAUGCCAAACGACCUUCAACAACGACCACAAACCAAGAACCCGUCAUCGAAGAGGUCACUGCCAAGCAACUAGAACGAAUUUUAUCCGAUAAGGACUACGUCGCCGUCUUCUGGUAUGCGCGGAGCUGCACCACAUGCGACAAAGUACUCCAGGAGCUAGAGCAAAUCGACGACGACACCGACUCAUUUGGAGUAGAUUUUGUCAAAAUUAACGACAAACGACUGGCCAAACAAUAUGGCAUCACCAAGUUUCCUGCUCUCACCUACUUUAGGGAAAAAGAACCGAUCAUCUACGAAGGUGACUUGAUGGAUGAAGAACAAGUCCUAGAUUUCCUUACCAGCUUAGAAGCAAUGGACCUACCCGAUCGAAUUGAAGAAGUCAAUGCCAGAAUUUUGGAUAAAAUUGUAGAAGACACUGACUUCGUUGCUGUUUUGUUUUGUCCAGAUGCAGACAAAUGCGAAAAACUGGCAAGCAAUAAACCCGAGUGUAAAAAAUGUUCCAAGGUAUUGCAAGAGCUUGAGAAUAUCGACGACGAAGCAGAUCAAUUGGGCAUCGGUUUUGUUAAAAUUAAUGACGAAAGCUUGGCCGAAGAAUACAACUUGGGUGCGCUUCCUGCUCUUGUAUAUUACAGACACCAAAUUCCAAUUAUCUAUGAAGGUGAACUCACUAGAGAAGAUGACGUAUUAGAAUGGUUGGUACAGCAUAAAAGUACAGGGGAUGAAGAUGAUACUAUCGAAGAUGUGACUCUAAAAACUCUUUCCACUCUUAUAUCUAGUGUGGAUCACUUAGCUGUGCUUUUCUAUGAUCACGGAUCCGAAGAAUCUACCAAAGUUCUCGACGACCUGGAGCACAUCGACGACGAUUGUGACAAAUACGGCAUCCAGUUUGUCAAAAUAGACGACACUAACGCCGUCAAAGAAUACGGAUUGGACUCACUGCCUACGCUUGUAUACUUCGAAAAGGGAAUUCCCAACAUCUACGACGGAGAUCUGGAAGAGGAGUCCGAAAUUCUGGAAUGGUUGGUUGAACAGCUGGAGAAAGACGAAAUUGAGGAUGUCACUGAUGAAAUGUUAGAUAAGUUGAUACAUGAGAGCAAGUUUUUGGCUGUACUAUUUUAUGAUGACGACGACAAAAAAUCACAAAAAGUCCUCAACGAACUUGAAAACAUCGACGAUGAAUGCGACCAGCUUGGCAUCGUUUUCGUGAAAAUUGACAACGAUGACGAAGCUAAGGAAUACGGUAUCGAAAAGAUACCUGCUCUUGUUUACUUCGAACAGGGAAUUCCCACGAUUUACGAAGGAAAUCUCGAGGAUGAAGAGAAAGUUCUCAAAUGGUUGGAACACCAGGUUAAACAUGACGAAAUUGAGGAUGUUACCGACGAAAUGUUGGAUCUGUUGAUCAAGAGAAAGACUCAUGUAGCCGUUUUGUUCUAUGACAAAGGCCAAAAGAAAAGCCAGAAAGUCCUAGCAGAAUUGGAAAACAUCGACGAUGAAUGUGAUACCAACAACAUAGCAUUUGUUAAAAUCGACAAUCCAGAGGAGGCCAAAGAAUACGGUAUCGACACGAUUCCUAGUUUGGUUCUCUUCGAAAAACGUAUUCCCCAUUUGUACGAAGGUGAUUUGACCAAAGAAGAAGAGCUGUUGGGUUGGUUGUUGCACCAGAAAAGGCACAGUGAGAUUCCAGAUGUCACUGAUGAAAUGAUGGAACUGCUGAUCAAUUCUGAGAAAUACCUAGCUGUACUAUUCUAUGAUAAAGACGACAAACAAGACAUAAGAGUAUUGAAUGAGCUAGAAAAUAUCGAUGACGAUCUAGAAAAAGAAGGAAUUACUAUGAUCAGAAUUGAUAACGACGCAGAAGCCAAAGAGUUCGGUAUUGAUCACUUGCCAACUUUGAUCUACUUCGAAGAUAAAAUCCCAUCUUUAUAUGAAGGUGAUCUAAUGAAUGAAGACGAGGUAUUAAAAUGGUUGAUUGAACAGAAACAAACAGCAACUAUCGAGGAAGUCACUGAUGAGAUUCUUGAAGAUCUGAUCCAGGAGCAUGAGUAUGUAGUUGUUUAUUUCAGUGGAAAUUGUGAAGAAGGUCAACAAUGUGAUGAUAUUUUGAAAGAGCUAGAAAACAUCGAUGAUGAGUUGGACGAAACUGGUAUCAUAUUCGUCACUACGGAAGACUUGGUGGUUGCUAAGAAAUAUAACAUCAAAACAUAUCCCAAGCUCGUAUUCUUCAGAAACAAAGAACCUUUGGUGUACACCGGUGAUAUUGAAGAUGAAGAUGAAGUUCUUGCUUGGUUAACCGAUGAGGAUACUUUAGAAAUACCGGACAGAAUUGAGGAAGUAAACUCCAAGAUGCUGGAUAAAAUCCUUGGGGAAAAUGAACAUGUAGUUGUUUACUUUUAUAAAGAAGGCGAUAAGAGGUCUCAAAAGAUCCUACAAGAGCUAGAAAACAUCGACGACGAAUGUGAGGACAAAGACAUAGAUUUCGUGAAAAUCUCAGACGAUGGCAUCCAGAAAGAAUAUGAUCUCCCAUCUCUACCAGCUGUUGUGUUCUAUAGAAAUAGAUUUAGAGAAAUUUACACGGGUGACUUGAUGCACGAAGAGGCUAUUUUGGAUUGGGUCUUGAACCUGAGAGACUCAGAUCCCGACGUUAUCGAAAAUGUGGACAGGAAAACUUUACAGGUACUCAUAAACGACGUUGAACAUCUAGCUGUCUUAUUCUAUAGCGAUGACUGCGAGGACUGCAAACAAAUCCUAGAAGAACUCGAAACCAUCGACGAUGAUACUGACAAACACGACAUACAAUUUGUCAAAUCCAUGGAUGCCAAAUUGGCAUCCGAAAUCGGCAUUUUCAGUUUUCCUGCUUUGGUUUACUAUGAAACUGGGGUUCCAAUCAUGUAUGAUGGAGACCUACUAGACGAAACCGAAGUUUUGGAGUGGAUGAUGGACCAAAAAAACGACCAAAGCAUUGAGGAAAUCAAUAGGGACAAGCUAUUCCACUACAUAGACACGAAGGAGUUCUUGGCUGUUGUGUUCUACAAGGAGGAAGAUCCAGACAGUCCUAGAAUCCUACGACACAUUGAACUGAUCGACGACGAAGCUUCCGAAUACGGCAUAAAAAUUGUCAAAAUGAAAGACAGGCUUAUGGCUAAAAAAUAUGGCUUUAGAGAUCCGCCAGGGAUUACUUACUUCAGGAAAAGUAAGCCGAUCAAUUAUGAUGGUGACAUCGACGACGAGGAAGAAAUACUGGAUUGGUUGAAUGAUCCGGAAAACAUGGAACUCACUGAUCAUAUCGAGAGGGUUAACAGAAAAAUGUUUGAUAAAAUUAGACAGAGGUCCGAUUACGUAGCGGUAUUUUUAUACAGCAGCGACUGCAAGCAAUGCCCCAGAGUCCUGACGGAAGUCGAGCACAUCGACGACGAAGCAGACAGCGCAGGCAUCAACUUCGUGAAAAUCGAAGACAAGAACAUGGCCAAAGAACUAGGCGUGUUUGCCCUUCCAGCCAUUCUGUUUUUCAAAUUAGGCUCCAAGGAACCGGUGAUAUACGCUGGCGAUUUGUUUGACGAGCAGCAGAUCUUGCAGUGGCUGUUGACGCAGAAGGAUCCCUCGGGAGAUGUUAUUGAGGCCUACGAUGGAAGUGAGCUGCUGUUGUUGAUUGAUAAUGAAGAAGCCCUGGCGAUUUAUUUUUGGAACAAGACUUUGUGCGAUAUAUGCGGUGAAGCAGCGGCACAGCGAACCAAGAAGAAGAAAAAUGUUUCUGAAGAUCAAGCCGAGCGUAAUGACGAUGUCAGCGAUGACUGCGAGCAAUGCUUCAAGAUUUUGGAGGAACUGGAGAAUAUCGAUGACGAUUGUGAACGACAUGGUAUAAAGUUUGUUAAGACCCAGGAUCUGAGGAUAGCGGAGCAAUAUGGCGCUACUGAUUAUCCCGUGUUAAUGUACUUUGAGAAUGGAGUUGGAGGAGUUUUUGAAGGUGAUAUUGAGGAAGAAGAAGAAGUCCUGCAAUGGCUAAUUCAACAAAGAACAGAAGACAGGAUCGAGCUCAUCACCCGAAUAAUGUUGGAGAAGAUGGUCGAAGAAACUCAGUACUUAGCUGUGUACUUUUACAAACAAAAUUGCCACAUUUGCGAAGAAAUUCUUGAAGAACUAGAACAAAUUGAUGACGAAUGUGAUGUCUACGGCAUCCAUUUGGUAAGAAUUCAGGAUCCGCAACUGGCAAAGAGGUAUAGUAUCAAGACCUUCCCUGCAUUGGUGUACUUCAGAAAUGGGAACCCUCUACUCUUUGAAGGAGAUUUGCAAAAUGAACAGUCUGUUUUGGAGUGGUUAACGGAUGAUGAUAAUAGGGAGCUAGAGGAUCAGAUUGAGUCAGUCAACGAAAAGAUGUUGGUUCGACUUUUGAACUCUUCACCAUUUUUGGCUGUCUUCUUCUAUGAUGAAGACUGUCCAGAAUGCGACAUGAUACUCGAAAAUCUUGAAGAAAUCGACAACGAAGCCGACCUCUUUGGUAUCGACUUCGUCAAAAUCUGCAGCGUCCAAGCAGCUGCAGAUCAAGGCUUGCACACGCUUCCCGCUCUAAUGUAUUUCCGAAAAAAGAAGCCGAUGGUGUACGAUGGGGACUUAAGUCAAUCUGACCGGGUCCUGGAAUGGUUGACCUCUCAGGACGUCUUCGAAAUUAAGAAUGAGAUUGAAGAAGUGAACAAGAAGAUGUUGGAGAAGUUGUUGGAGGAGAAUGAAUACGUCACAGUGUUUUUCUAUGAAAUAGGUUCUGACGACAGCAAAUCCAUACUGGAGAAGCUGGAAAACAUCGACAGCGAGACCGACAACUUCGACAUAACCUUCGUCAAGAUGGCUGACGCCCGCUACGCCAGAAAAUGGGGCGUGACGCACCUGCCGGCCAUAGUAUACUUCCGCCGCCGUUUUCCAAGCAUAUACAGGGGCGAUCUACAUUCCGAAGCCGACGUUCUGGAGUGGCUGCGCAAGAACCGCUUCCGUCAACCCGAGCUGAACCUCUUCAUGUACGCCCUGAUGGCUAUCAUAGUCGCCUUCUUGAUAUACACGGCGUUUCUGCUGCAAUGCUUUAAAACGCCUACCACCACCGCAGUGGUGGCACAUACGAAACAAAGUUAACUCGUUCAAAGCUGAAGGGCUACGUUUCAAUUUUUGAAUCUGAGUAACUUUUUUUAAAAUUAAGUGUUUAGUUAUUUCGCUGCCCUUCUUCGUGAUGGAUUUUCAAAUCCUGGACCAAUAAGUAACGUAAUCGUCAACAUUACGAAGUGUUCAUCGUUUUUAAAUUUAACUAUUAUUGUUAAUGUGUACAUAUUGUACGAUCAUUCCCGGAGAAAUAAUUAAGAGAAGAAGAGAUCAAUUUUGAAGAUUUAUGUGGGUAAACAUAGGAAUGUAAAUCUUCUUAAUAAAUAUAUAAAGGUUUU